AUGGAUAUAAAAGUGCUUGAUGAUGAAAUUAUGCUGUCUGAUGGACGGGUCAUAAGAAUGCCCGUUAAACAAGCAGAGGAAAAACAGAAUGAAAAAGGCAAAGGGAAAAUAAAAGUGGACAAAGUACCAAACGUUUGGGGAAGCAGCGCAGGAGCAGGAAGUGAUUAUUUUGAUCUGUACCGAAAGCAAAGAAAUGAGGAAAAUGAAAGAAUCGAGCUAAUGGAGAAGAAGUGGAAAGAAUAUACACAAAAUCAAAUAUUCCAAAGUAAGCGGAAGGAAAAAAUUGAGUAUAUAGAAAAGAAAAGUUUAAAAAAAAAAAAAAAAAGACAAAUGAGGAAGAACAAAAUUAGGGAGGUACGAAAUAGUAAGAAGGCUAAAGUUCAAGGGGACAAUGACGAGAAAGAGGAAAAGACCACCGACCAGGCGGAGGAGGAAGACUCCUGUCGUCCACGUGAUUAUGAUAAUUCCAAGGAGGUGAAUCAGUUGGUCUCCUCCAAGAAGAAACAUCCCAAUCGUGCACCUACUGCUAUUGAUGCGGAUGCGGAUGCGGAUGAGAUGGUCAAAUCUGAUGAGGCAGAAUCGGAAGAGGACGAGCAUGAUGAUAAAUUGGGGGCCCACCACCCCGUAGACACAGACUCCUUUCUCGUGGUUAAGGAGGGGGACGAGGAACUCUUCUAA